AUGCCCAAAAUGAGCAUAUUGAACUACGUGAAGCGCCAUAGUUGCAGGCUGGACUAUGAAGAAAGAUUGCGGAAAAGCAAGCGCAGAAAUCACAAGUUGUACAAGAAGAAACGCUACUCCGAGAAGGUUGAAAUGCGGAAACUACUGAAGCAACAUGAAGAAAAGGAACAAAAGGGAGCCCAAGAACGUCCCGAUCAAGGAACCGUUCCCGCGUAUUUCCUCGAUCGACAACAGCAAACCACUGGAACUGUGCUCUCCAAUAUGAUCAAACAAGAGAGAAAAGAAAAAGCGGGCAAAUAUCAAAUUCUAAUUCCAAAAGUACAUGCGGUUUCUGAUGUGGAAGCAUUCAAAGUUGCCAAGACCGGAAAGACUCGCAGGAAGGGCUGGAAAGAAUGGCCACAAAACCUACUUAUGUUGGCGAAUCAUUCGCUCGGAAGCCUGCCAAAUUUAAACGAUGCAUCCGACCCA